AUGGACAAGAUUCUCCCGCUUAUCCAUCUGGCCCAGGCAGCCGGAAGUGCUUACGCCCUCUAUUACUGCUACACUUCCAUCAGGAAUUUGAAGCAGUACGAGAAGCAAUCGGAAAAGGCAGCAGAGUACUCCGCAACCGCAGCGGAGCAGCUGCGCAAGACGCGCACAACCCAGGGAAAUGCUCUCGUGACGGUCCUCACCUCCCUUUUCACUUCCGGCUUCCUCCUCUACACUGCCCUCCGCCCAGGCGAGUCCUCGUACCCAUCAUCCUCGCCUUGGCUCGCCGUUGGCCUGAACGGCGGCAAUAUCGCCAACACGCUGCUCACACGCCAGCAUGUUGCCGGUUUCUGGGAGAGCAAGCCCAAGGUGCCGUUUGUCGAGGGCUUCAACGAGGCUAUCAGCUCGACGGCCCAGAUAAUCAAGUCGUUGGAAAAACUCGCGGUGGGCUGGAGCUUUAGUGCAGCGGUGACGGGGGUUGGUAUGUUGAUGGGACGGUCAUGA